GAGUCAGUCCCGCCCUGAACCAUUGCCUGGGAUCUGGUGAGCCGCAGAACUGAGCGGGACCCGAACCCCGGGUCACACGAGCGGGACCCCCCCAGAGGCCAGGAACAGCCCCUGAGGCGCGUGCUCACCCCUGGGGUGGGUGCCCCAUCCGCCCCCUCCUCCCACAGCACACGGGUCCACGGUCUACGAGAGGAGCUGCCGCGGACCCCGGAACCUUCCGCAGCCGCCGCCUACGUUCGCCGCGGGACCCUUCGGAGGCACCGGUUCGCUGUUGCUAAGGGGCGGCCCCGGAAGUGACGCGCCCGGGGUUUGUUGACAGCGGAGGCGGCGGCGACUGCAGGCUCCGAGCCGUAGGAGCCGGAUCGGGGGAGGGGCCGGGCCCCGGAGCCAGCACCCGGCGGCCCGCAGCCCUAAGGGCAAGGUAACGGCCACGGGGUCCCCCCGGCGCGACCCCCUCCCGCCCGGGGCUCCUGCCCCCGGGAUCCCAAGCUCCGCCCCGCCGACCCCCGUGUUCCCCAGACCCCGGCCCUAGCCUGACGAGAUCCCCUGCCGGCCCGGGCCGCAUCCUCUGGUCCUCCUCGCCGAGUAAGCAUCCCGUCCGCUCCAGGAGCCAGGGGAUGUAUCUGCGUGCUGCCCCUUGCCCUCCUGCCUCCGGCGCCUCAGCAUCGCCUCAGCAUCGCAGCUGCAACCACUUGCACAGUAUCACAUUAGAUAAGGCAAGGCCCACAGUGUGGGUGGAAGUUCGAUGAAUUUCCACAAGUGAGCAGACCUGUCCCAGAACUUCCAGAGGCCCCGCUGUCACUUUCUAUUUGCUGCCUCCCCGCAAAGGCUGUGGCUCUGCCAAUGAUCCUGUGAGUGCUGAGGCCUCACCGUCACCCCUGGAGGCCCCCGUCCGGGAGUGGCCCACCUGCCUGCCCCCAGCAUGGCGUCUGACACUCCUGAGUCCCUGAUGGCCCUCUGCACCGACUUCUGCCUGCGCAACCUGGAUGGCACCUUGGGCUACCUGCUGGAUAAGGAGACACUGCGGCUACAUCCAGACAUCUUCCUGCCCAGCGAGAUCUGUGACCGGCUUGUCAAUGAGUACGUGGAGCUUGUCAAUGCCGCCUGCAACUUUGAGCCACACGACAGCUUCUUCAGCCUCUUCUCAGACCCCCGCAGCACCCGCCUUACCCGUAUCCACCUCCGCGAGGACCUGGUGCAGGACCAGGACCUGGAAGCCAUUCGCAAGCAGGACCUGGUGGAGCUGUACCUGACCAACUGCGAGAAGCUGUCCGCCAAGAGCCUGCAGACGCUGAGGAGCUUCAGCCACACGCUGGUGUCCUUGAGCCUCUUCGGCUGUGCAAACAUUUUCUACGAAGAGGAAAACCCCGGGGGCUGUGAAGACGAGUGCCUCGUCAACCCCACCUGCCAGGUGCUGGUCAAGGACUUCACCUUCGAGGGCUUCAGCCGCCUGCGCUUCCUCAACUUGGGCCGAAUGAUCGAUGGCGUCCCCGUGGAGUCCCUGCUGCGGCCGCUCCACUCGCUGGCCACCUUGGACCUCUCAGGCAUUCAGACAAGCGAUGCAGCCUUCCUCACCCAGUGGAAGGACAGCCUCGUGUCCCUUGUGCUCUACAACAUGGACCUGUCAGAUGACCACAUCCGGGUCAUCGUCCAGCUGCAUAAGCUGCGACACCUGGACAUUUCCCGAGACCGCCUCUCCAGCUACUAUAAGUUCAAGCUGACUCGCAAGGUGCUGAGCCUCUUUGUGCAGAAGCUGGGGAACCUCAUGUCCCUGGACAUCUCUGGCCACAUGAUCUUGGAGAACUGCAGCAUCUCCAAGAUGGACGAGGAAGCAGGGCAGACCAGCAUCGAGCCUUCCAAGAGCAGCAUCACGCCUUUCCGGGCUCUGAAGAGGCCACUGCAGUUCCUUGGGCUCUUCGAGACCUCCCUGUGCCGCCUCACUCACAUUCCAGCCUACAAAGUAAGUGGUGACAAAAACGAGGAGCAGGUGCUGAACGCCAUCGAGGCCUACACGGAGCACAGGCCCGAGAUCACCUCACGGGCCAUCAACCUGCUUUUUGACAUCGCACGCAUCGAGCGUUGCAACCAGCUUCUGCGGGCCUUAAAGCUGGUCAUCACGGCCCUCAAGUGCCACAAGUAUGACAAGAACAUUCAAGUGACAGGCAGUGCGGCCCUCUUCUACCUGACCAACUCCGAGUACCGCUCAGAGCAGAGCGUCAAGCUGCGCCGGCAGGUCAUCCAGGUGGUGCUGAAUGGCAUGGAAUCCUACCAGGAGGUGACGGUCCAGCGGAACUGCUGCCUGACCCUCUGCAAUUUCAGCAUCCCCGAGGAGCUGGAAUUCCAGUACCGCAGGGUCAACGAGCUCCUGCUCAGCAUCCUUAACCCCACACGGCAGGACGAGUCGAUCCAGCGCAUUGCCGUACACCUAUGCAACGCCCUGGUCUGCCAGGUGGACAAUGACCACAAGGAGGCCGUGGGCAAGAUGGGCUUCGUUGUGACCAUGCUGAAGCUGAUUCAGAAGAAGCUGCUGGACAAGAUAUGUGACCAGGUGAUGGAGUUCUCCUGGAGCGCCCUGUGGAACAUCACGGACGAGACGCCCGACAACUGUGAGAUGUUCCUCAACUUCAACGGCAUGAAGCUCUUCCUGGACUGCCUGAAGGAAUUCCCAGAGAAGCAGGAACUGCAUCGGAAUAUGCUGGGACUGUUGGGGAACGUAGCAGAGGUGAAGGAGCUGCGGCCCCAGUUAAUGACUUCCCAAUUCAUCAGUGUCUUCAGCAACCUGCUAGAGAGCAAAGCCGAUGGGAUUGAGGUUUCCUACAAUGCCUGCGGCGUCCUCUCCCACAUCAUGUUUGAUGGGCCUGAGGCCUGGGGCAUCUGUGAGCCCCAGCGGGAAGAGGUGGAGGAACGCAUGUGGGCAGCCAUCCAGAGCUGGGACAUCAACUCACGGAGAAAUAUCAACUACAGGUCGUUUGAGCCAAUUCUUCGCCUCCUUCCCCAGGGUAUCUCCCCCGUCAGCCAGCAUUGGGCCACCUGGGCCCUGUACAACCUCGUGUCUGUCUACCCGGACAAGUACUGCCCCCUGCUGAUCAAAGAAGGUGGGAUGCCCCUUCUGAGGGACAUGAUCAAGAUGGCCACCGCGCGGCAGGAGACCAAGGAGAUGGCCCGAAAUUCCAUCCUCUCAUCACUGGGUGUCAGCAAGUCAGCUCAGAAUUUUUCAUUCCUUCUGGCCAAAGACAUUCCAACUAAAGAGAGGACACAGUGUGGUAAAAUACAGUCUAGCGAUCAGGCGGGGCAGAGGGCAAAUGAGUGUCUGAACGCGAAGGUCCCGUUCAGAGCUGUCAGGCGUUUCAUCGCUGUGUGGUUUCCACUACAGACUCUAAAAUAUCACCGGUUCUGACCUCACAUUGAUCUGUACACAAGAGACUCAGGAAUGCUGCACGUCACACCCAGCAGUAAUGACCUUGCUUUCUCCACGACCCCAGUUCUAAACAUGACGCAGAAUAAAGAGUAUCAUGGAGGAGGGGCCUGGAGUUCAGAGGCUCCCAAGACAUGACUGGCCCGUUUCUGCAGUUAUUUUUGGCCAAAGGCACUGCUUAAACGUGAAUUGACAGAUUUGUCUGAGUUUUAGAACGGUAAAAUAAGUGGUUCUCACACCUCAUCUCCCUAAAGUAUCAUCUGGAAAGACUGUUAAAAAUGCACAGGCCCCACCCUAGAUGUUCUGUCCCAGUGGGUCUGGGAGGUGGGCCUAGGGACAUUCAUUGUCUGCAGGGACCCCAGGAGAUGUGAGAAGCACUGGGUAAGACUGACCCGUAACCCACCCCAGACACUGUAAACAUCUCUGUGAGACCUGACACGUGUGUCUGAGCAGGCCUGUGUGAUGGCAGGUGUGAGUGACACUGACAGGGCGCUCAAGAGAAGUCCCUCCAGCUCGUCUCCACUCCUGUCCCACUCCACGUGGCCCUUACUUCCUAAGACGUAUUGGGGCACCCCUUUAGCUCAUAAAGGCUGCAGUGGACAACCCCACCCAGCCACCUCGACCAGCCCAGAGGCUCAGUGUUGAACAGGAAGGCCAGGGUGACACCUGACAGCAGUGGGCAGCAGUUCCCCAGGGCCAGACUGGAGUAGGCGAGAGACUGGAGGUGAGAGUGGUGGGUCCCAAACGCUGGGCUGGGGCCUGGCUGCCGCAGUAGUACACGGCCCUGCAAGCAGAGCCGCCCUAGCUCCACCACCCAGCCCUCAGGGCGAGUCUGCUGUGCAGUCACUUUGGGGCCCAGUAGUAGACUUUGGAGAGGAAAAAGCCGGAGUGUGCAGGGCAAAGGUGAAGAAGAAGACGUUGCUGAAGAAAGGAUCAGAGGGUAUUGAGGUCAGACCUACGCUGAUUCAGGGGAGCCCGGGGGCGGGGGAAGCGUGGGAGGAAGAUAGGGUGCCGAUGGAGGCCAUGGCCAUGGGCCCCGUUUCCUGGGUUCUCCGCACAUGCCAGCCAUUUUGUGCACACAUCAGGCAGCAUCCGGGAGGUGAUACUUACCAAAACAUUCAGCGGCCUGAUCAGCCGGGAUGGACUUGGCCUCCCCUGGCCCAAGCC